CCUAACCAACUUCUUUUGUUUUACUCUUUUUUUUAUUUAUUUAUCUCUCCCCCUUUUUUAUCCGCAGCAGCAAACCCAAUAGGCCGAUCACCAAACCCGGGUUCGAGCCACCAUGACAAGACGGUGCUCCCAUUGCAGCCACAAUGGGCACAACUCUCGAACCUGUCCGAACCGCGGGGUCAAGCUUUUUGGGGUCCGAUUAACCGAUGGGUCAAUCCGUAAGAGUGCCAGUAUGGGUAAUCUCUCUCUUCUUCAUCAAAACGGUGUCGUUGGGAACACUUCUCCCGCCGCCGGUGAUCUUACUCCUGAUCAUGGGAACCCGUCUGCCGAUGGGUAUGCUUCCGAGGAUUUUGUCGCUGGUACUUCUUCUAGUCGGGAACGUAAAAAAGGUGUUCCAUGGAAAGAAGAGGAACAUAGGAUGUUUUUGCUUGGACUGCAAAAACUCGGGAAGGGUGAUUGGCGGGGAAUUUCCCGUAAUUAUGUGAUAUCAAGGACACCAACCCAAGUGGCUAGCCAUGCUCAGAAAUAUUUCAUCAGGCAGUGUAAUGUCUCUCGAAGGAAAAGACGCUCUAGCUUGUUUGAUAUUGUAGCUGAUGAGGAGGGUGAUACAACAAUGGAAGCACAUGAUUUCCUACCUGAGCAUGCACCUGAUACUGAAACACAGAAUAAUAACAACAACCCGUUGCCUCCUGCUCCUAUCCUGGAUGAAGAAUGCGAGUCAAUGGCAUCAAGCAACUCAAACUCCAACGAGGCAGAACCCGUAUUAUCUAAUCCAGAACCCGUGGAACCCACCCAAAGUAGCUCUAUUCCAACGGAUACUUCCCAAACUUAUUACCCUGUUGUAUAUCCUACUUAUGUGCCACCUUUCUACCCAUAUCCCGUCCCGUAUUGGACCAGCUGUAACCCCGAACCAACCAAAGAGAAGCACGAGGUGGUUAAGCCUACAGCAGUACAUUCAAAGAACCCAAUUAAUGUCGAUGAGCUUGUUGGUAUGUCGAAAUUGAGCUUGGGAGAAACUAUUGGUAGUGGUGAGCCAUCAAGUUUGUCUCUGAAAUUGCUCGACGGUACAUCUAGACAAUCUGCAUUUCAUGCUAAUCCGGCCCCUGCCAGUCCGGAUAUGAACUCUGGUGGCAGUCCAAUUCAUGCAGUCUGAUUGUAAAAGUGCAGGUUAGUGUUUUUUUAGGUUUUAGCACAAAAGCUCGUUCUUGAGCUUUAGCAGUUCUGAUGUCAAUAUGAGAAUGAUACUCCGUAAUCCGUAUAUGUGCAGUUUGUUUUUCAUAACAAAUGUUUUUGUUCUUGGGAUGUUGAUUAGGGUAGGUGGGUAUGGUUUGUUAUCAAGUAAUCAAUUCUUUUCUAGGGUCUUCAGUUGUGUGUAAGGUAUACAAAUAUUAACCUGGAUUUGGAUCAUGUCCUGAAGUUGGAAUCAUGCCUUAUUUAUUUUUACUUUUUUUUUGGUUAUAAAUUUAGCAGGGCUGUAGAGAGUAAUAGGGAUUUUGUUCGUUUGUAAACUUUUUGUAUGUUUUCAUUUUUGUUUUUAAUCAAUUUCUGAAUAAAAGUACAGUUUUUGCAGUCA